AUGUUUGAGGCCUUGGACUUCGUUACUUCGCAUUCCAAGGAUCAACGACCUGCGAUCUUCGCCUUUGCCGAGACCCGCGCAGCCCCUUCUUCACAAGCGUCUGCCACCAAGAUUGCUCUUCGAAGCGGUUUCAAGGUUUGGUGGAUUGGCUCCACAAGGGGAGCCUUUGUCAAUGGUCGCCAAGCUUGGCUGGGUGGCAUUUGCGUCGGUGUUGACCUUUCCCUGGCCUGCUUGCACCUUGCCUCGUGGAGCCACUGCCAAGGCAACCUUUUGCAGCUGGAGGUGGGUUCCUUUAACCUUCUGGUUGGCUGGCGGCGCCCAAAUGAGGAAAGGGACCUGUUUGAUGCUGAGCUCCUCACUUGGACCUCCCAGGCCACCGCUUUGGGGCGGACCGCCGUGCUCAUGCGAGACUGGAACGACGAACCCUCCGAAUCUCCUCUCCAGCACCUCGGCGUGGUCUUUGAGGCACCACGUGGAGGCCAAGGGGCCUUGGUGCCAUCUCGUUGGCACGGGUGGCGCUCCAUUGAUUGGACGGCACUAUCCAGACUCACUUUGACCAGUGCCGGAUCAGCGACCAUGAGCUUCUGUGGACACUGCUCCAUGCUUCAUUCUCUCGACGCUCUGGGCUGCAAGGACUCGGAAGUGGGCGGACGCACUCGCCCGCAAGGCUCUCUCUAUGUGAUCAUUGAUGCUGAUCCUCUCUGUGGGCGCUCCCAUCUUGGGGACGAGGGCGUCAAGAUCCGCAAGCUGAGCAGUUUCCUUGGCCGGCUUCAUGAAGCCGUCCGCUGUGGAGGUGGCGACGGAGCUGCUUCUGGCUCCCUGGUCAGGAAGAUUGACAAGACGUGGCCCACUGACAUCCCCUGCGCCCCUUUUGAGCAAGCUAUUGGCAUCGUGGAGGAGGCUGUUGCCAAACUCCGACAAGCUAAAGUAAGCCAAGGCGGCAGUGAUGCGAUUCGCUGGCUCAAAAACGAAGCAGGGCUUCUGCCUCCGGCGGGUUCUGGAGGAGAGUCUGGUGGCGUGACCAGCCACACCGUCUUCUUGACGACUUCGACGGUGGGUGGUGCGGGCCCUGACGGCCUGUCGGUUCAAGAGGCGGCCCACCUCCUUCUUCGGUUCUGGCAGUGGUUUGCUGAGCUUUUGCGAGAUUGGCAACUAGUUGGCAUCUUCUUUGAAGCUCUCCAGCAUGCACGCAUGGUUUGCUUGCCUAAAGAUGAGAUUUCGGGAGAUGAGACUUCUGUUCCUGUGAAAAGGCUGCGUCCGAUCACCAUCCUGCCUUUCCUUUACAGAAUCGCCGUGGGCACGUGGACGUCGAGAGCUUCCACCCGCGAGUGGCUGGCAAAGGUCACGCCGCCUGCACUCCAUGGUGGGAUUGGAGGGCGCACCGCCUGGGACGCCAUUAGAAUCCUUGAUUCUGCGUGGACAGAUGGGAAGGUCCUUGUCAGCUUCGAUUUCCAUCUUUGCUUUGACCAUGUCAGUCCAGCUCUUGCUCUGAGGUGGACCUGGCAGCACCAGCGGCGAUGGAUACAGGUUGGCCAAGGGGUUAGUGCUUCGCCUGAGUUGGUGGAGUCCGGCCUCCCUCAGGGAUGCCCCGCCAGCCCCAUGACCUUGAUCUUGCUGCUGGUGGCCCCGGCGCUGCGACUUCAGGAUGAGCUUGACCAAGGACUCGUCCAGACGCUCUUUCUCGACGACAGGACGGCGGUGGUGGACGACGCGGCCACGGCGGCUAUAGGGUCAUCCAGGCGUGGGGUGAUAUGGCCACUGGCCAAACUCAACGUCAUCACCACGUGUCCUCGUCAUCGUCGUGGCUUGGGCAUAUCCCCCUCCAUGGAGGCGGUCAUCCUGGGCACUACCUUUACCGUGGACGACCAGGACCUCGACGGUGACUCCGAGGACCCCACGCUCCAGGCGAGCGACUCUCAGCCCGACUCCGCUGCUUGCAGGCGGUUAAGGACAGACUGUAUCGCACCUGCCUCCUUCCGGCCUUCACGUGGGGCUCGGCUCAUGGUGGCGUGGAUGGGAUCUGCGGUGCGGCAUGCUGCCAAAACCACGACCAAGGUCAAGGCAGGGUUGAACGUGAUCCACACAGGCUCACGCCCGCUCUGGCUUCUGUCAGCAGGGCAUUGGAUGGAUGUACACUUCGCGUCUCGGCUCAAUUCGCUGCGAGGCUUUUGGCACGCCGAGGAGUACUUUGCUUCGGCUGGUGUCCUUCUGCAAGAUGGGCGAUGGGGCCGAGCUGUCCAGGACUUCCUCACCGAACUGGGCUUCCAGCGUUACCGCGAUGGGGCAUGGCAACAUGGAUGGCUGGGUGGCUUUGAUCUCACAUUGUCCACUCGUUUCUUGUUGUUCUGA